ACGAACAGCUGAUACCCGUCAGCUGAUUACCGUCAUUUCUUUGUUUUGUAUUGUUGAGGCUUCUAAAUAGUAAAUACGACGUUUCCCUUGGAAUUUGUAUUCAGGUUUUCGCUGGAAAGAUGGCUGAUAUUAAAUCGCUGGAGCAUCCCACUGUGAAGGUUCCCUACGAAAUUUUGAACAAAAAAUUUCGAACAGCUCAGAAAACCCUUGAUAGAGAAGUGUCGCACGUUCAACAAGGAGUGAACGAGCUGGAAAAGUGCCUGCAGGAAGAAGACGUGAAAGCAAUCGAAAUAUCCAAUCUAUUAGGCGGGAUGGUGGACAAGCUUCAAGUGCUGAAGCGCAAAGCCGAGGAAAGCAUCUCGGAAGAACUGACGGCUACCAAUGUGUGCAAGCGUCGCCUGGACCAUUUGAAAGAACACGCCACUAUCGUGGGAAGCAGCUCCGUUUCCGCAGGCACUUUAAACAAUUGGCGCAGGAAGCGAUUGGAUCGCAUGGUUGUGGAGUACUUCUUGCGAAAUGGCUAUUACAACUCCGCGAUCAUGCUGGCUGAGCGAAGCGACAUCAAGGAUUUCACCAAUAUUGACAUAUUUUUGAAUUCGCGUGAAGUCGAGCGAUCUCUAUCGAACCACGAGACCCAGAAAUGCUUGCUUUGGUGCCACGACAAUAAGUCCAAACUGAGAAAGCUGAAAUCGUCCAUGGAAUUCAAUUUGCGAAUCCAGGAGUUUAUCGAACUGAUCAGGAAAGAUCGGCGUAUCGAUGCCAUCAAGCACAGCCGCAAACAUUUUCCUACCUUUGAGGAGGAACAUCUUCCAAUAAUACAGAGGGCGAUGGCUUUGUUAGCAUUUCCCGUACACGUGGAAAUAGAACCGUAUGCGUCUCUAUUUGAUUUAUGUAGAUGGAGAUCGCUGAUUGAGCAGUUUCGCCAGGAGAAUUACAAACUAUUCCAGUUGUCUUCCCAGUCAGUUUUUACGGUGACGCUGCAAGCAGGCUUGUCCGCACUGAAAACUCAUCAGUGUUGCUCGGAAAGUAGCGAGAACAAAAACCCACUUUGUCCCGUAUGUAAUGAAGAUUUGAACAAACUGGCGGAAAAUCUCCCGUUCUCUCACUGCUCCCAGUCGAGACUCUAUUGCCAUAUUACCGGGUUGCCGUUGAAUGAGAACAACCAGCCGAUGAUGUUGCCUAAUGGGUAUAUUUAUGGAGAACAAGCACUCGCUCACAUGGCAAAAGAAAACGAUGGUCACGUCAUUUGCCCCAAGACCAAAGAGCUGUUUUCAUACAAAACGGUGGAGAAAGUCUUUAUAAUGUAAUACUGCUCUUGUGAUAUAUUGACAAUUUAUCUUAGCUGUUAAAUGCUCGUAGAAACUAAUUUUUGUGGCCACUAUUGUAUAUCAGUUGAUUUAAGUUAAGAAUAAUCCUUCCUGUAAAAUAUGGAAAAUUAAAGGUAUGACUUGAA